UUAUAAUCUACUAGACUAUAAAAUAGUAAGCAUUAAUCAAGCAUAAGAUGUAUUACACACUUGUUUGUCAAACCAAACAAAAAAUAAUACAUUUUUCCUCUUUGAAGAUCGACGAGCUGAUCAAUGGCGAAAUCUCACUACCAGCCUCUGUUUCUUCUCCUUGCAUCACUCUUGUUCUUGCCUGCUUUGCAUGCCGUCGAUUUUAAAUACUGCAACGGUAUUGGAUACGUCGAUAAAAUCACUAAAGUGGAGAUUUCUCCCGAUGAUCCCUCAACUGUUAUUACAAUCUCCGGUCUUACAAGAAGAGGACUCGUCUAUGCUGGAACUGUAGUCGUGGCCAGUGGAAUUGGCGAAUUUAAUAUCCCUUUUAAAUACUACGACUUUUGUCAGUUGUGUAAAUGCCCUAUGCUAAGUGGCACCAACUUUGUUUUCACUCUUUCUCAAAUUCUCAUUCCAAAAGCUUUUGCGAGUGACAAGCUUGCUGUUACGUUGAGUUUAAUAUCUAGAGAUCAAACAGAAGGAGUGUGCGUCUACUUCGAUUUCCCUACUUCAGCUAACUCUAUGCUUAAUCAAGCUAGCGAAUGAAAAUAUGUUUUCAAGUCUUUAUCUAUAUUAGUCUCUCUCUCGCUACCCUUAACCGAUUUGUUAUGUUGUAUUGUUGGUUUGGUUUCUAUAAUCCGGGACGUUAUACCCAAGAUGAAAUUACUUGAUGUUAUGGCUUCUCUCAUCGUUCAUAAAAUGAAUUUUAAUUUAUUUUCCAAAGAAA